AAUUCGUUCGUCACAGCUUUAAUUCCACGCUUUUUCCAAACAGAUUCCUUGUCUGAUUACCCUCAUCCAAGCUUCUUUUAAAUCCUUUCUAGGCAUACAUUUUCCGAUCAAACGUUUGAUCUUUCAAGUAUACCUUCAAUGGCAUCAUGUUCAACUUCAUCCGUUGACAAGAGCUAUAAAUAUGACGUCUUUUUGAGUUUCAGAGGCGAAGACACUCGAGCGAAUUUCGUUGAUCAUCUUUAUACUGCUCUUCAGCAAAAAAACAUUCAUACUUACAAAGACAACGAGAGAAUUAAGAAAGGGAAAAAAAUCAGUGAUGAGCUCAUCGGAUCCAUUGAAGAAUCAAAAUUCUACAUCGUUGUUUUCUCCAAAAAUUAUGCCUCUUCAUCUUGGUGCUUGGAUGAACUUGUAAAAAUAAUGGAUUGUCACAAUACAACCGAGCAUACUGCCUACCCCGUCUUCUAUGAUGUCGAACCAACCGAAGUCCGCAAACAAAGCGGGGCAGUUGGAGAAGCCUUCUCUAAACAUACUAACCACGAGAAGUCUGACAAAUGGAGAGAGGCUUUGCAAGAAGCAGCGGAUCUAGCUGGAUGGGAGUUGAAAAACACUACUGAUGGGCAUGAAGCCAAAUUCAUCCAAAAAAUUGUUGAAGAAAUUUCACUAGAGUUACGUUCGAUCAGUUUCGGUUUUGAUGAAAAGUUAGUAGGCAUGGAGACCCGUGUAAAGGAUGCUGUGUCAUUUUUAGAAAUGGGUAGUGAUGAUGUUCGCAUGAUCGGGAUCAAGGGGAUGGGAGGUGGUGGGAAGACAACUUUGGCGAGAGCUGUUUUCGAUCAAAUAUCCUUUCGGUUUGAAGGUAAAUGCUUCGUUGAGAAUGUCAGGGAAGUUUCAAAUGCCUCUUUGUUUGGUUUGAAGUCGUUGCAAAACCAACUUCUUUCGGAUGUUUUAAAUGAUAAAGGCAUUAGUGUAAGUGGCGUGUAUGAGGGGAAAAGCAUGAUAAAGAAGAUGAUGCGUGGUAGAAAGGUUCUUCUUGUUCUAGAUGAUGUGGAUCACACAGACCAGCUUGAGGCCUUAGCUGGUGAGCCUAAUUGGUUUAAGGCGGGAAGUAGAAUCAUCAUUACAACAAGAGAUGAGCAAGUGCUUGUAGCACACCGAGUGAAGCUGAUUCUUGCUGUUAAUCUGUUAUCAUUUGAGGAAGCAGUUUGCCUGUUUAGUAGAUAUGCAUUUGGGAAAGAGAUGCCAAUUCGAGGGUACGAAGAGAAAUCAGUACAAGUUAUAAGUUAUGCUGCUGGUCUUCCCUUAACAAUCAAAGUUUUGGGAUCCUUUCUUUGUGGUAAAAGUGAGCUUGAAUGGAUAGAUGCCAUAGACAGACUAAAAACAAUUCCAUUAAUGGAAACUCUGAAAAAACUGGAACUAAGCUAUAUCGGUUUGGAGGAGGAUUACAAAGAAAUAUUCCUGGAUAUUGCAUGCAUAUUGAAAGGUGAGCGUAAACACUUUGUAAUCGAAGCACUUGAAAGUUGUGGAUUUCAUGCUAGAAAUGGUUUAAGAGUUCUUGAGCAAAAAUCUCUCAUAACUAUUCAUCAUAAUUCUAGUUACAACAACAAGUAUGUGUUCAUGCAUGACCAUCUUGUAGAAAUGGGCAGGAAUAUUGUCCGUCGUUUGCAUCCGUAUAAGCCUAAUGAACAUAGCAGAUUGUGGAUUGACAUGGAAAUUGAAGAUAUAUUGGCUAAUGACUUGGGUACCGAAGCAACAAGAUAUAUACAAUUCAGCACACGGGAACUCAAUCCGGAAGUUAUCAUGAAAGGCCUUAGAAAGAUGAAGGAACUUAGAUAUCUUGACAUGUCUCUCAAAGAUUCUUUCUGGAAUUGGAAAUGUGAUGAACUCAGCCCAUACUUUCCUAAUGCUUUAAGAAUCCUGUUGUGGAGCUAUUACCCUUUUAGGUCAUUACCCGAAACAUUUCAAGCAAAUAAUCUUGUUUCACUUGAGAUGGAAUACAGCCGAAUUGUACAACUUUGUGAGGGUAGAGAAAGAAAGGUUCUUAACAAGCUCAGAUUCCUUGACCUGAGUUAUUCAAAGCUAAGGACCCUUGACCUUGGGAUUGCUCCAAAUCUUGAGACUUUGUCUCUUUCAGGAUGUGUUGAUUUGGUAGAAUUUCAUAUUCCCAGCAUUUGUUUAAAACUCAGAUCCCUCGACCUUUGUGAUGUAAAGUUAAGGAUCCUUAACCUUCAGUCAGCUCCAAAUCUCGAGCUGUUAGAUCUUCGGAACUCUUUGGAUCUGGUACAACUUCACAUGCCAGGUAGAUGUGUCAAGCUUAGAUCAAUUAUAAUCACUAACUCAAAGUUGAGGACCCUUGACAUUGGGUUGACUCCAAAUCUCGAGAAAUUAGAUCUUGAUAAUUCUUAUGAUUUGGGAGAACUUCACAUGGCCGAUGUAUUUCAAAAGCUUGUAAAACUGUACAUCAGUCGUUCAAAGUUGAGGACCCUUGAUCUUAGGCUGGCUCCGAAUCUCAAGAAUUUAGAUCUUAGUGAAUCUAAUGAUUUGGUAGAACUUCACGCUCCCACCGGAUGUCUAAAAGAGAUUGUCUGCUUAGAACUAAGUGCUUGUCUAAGGUUUAGAUCUUUUUAUGUUGAACCACUUGAGGAGGUUGAUUCUUUAGCUGAGUUACAUCUGGUUGCAGAGUCCCUUGAAAGAUGCCCAUUUCACCCCGACAAUAGUUUGCCAAAGUUCCGGUUUACAUGUUUUUAUAAAGACGGUGGUCUACCCUCAAGGAAUACAAAUAUUGAGAAACUUAUUUCUCAAGGUCUGUGUGCUUGCACAAACCUUGAGACAUUUUCAGAAAGCAUUUGUGAGUUAUGGGGAUUAAGAAAGCUUAAACUCAAAGGCUAUCCGGAGGUGCCCAAGGACCUUGACCAGUUAGAAUAUCUAGAGGUACUAAUUUUGUCAUCUACAAAGAUCAAACAUCUUCCGGAUAGCAUUUGUUACUUGACAUAUCUACAAUCUCUCAAACUUGAAUCCUGUUGGCUUCUUGAGGAGUUACCUGAGGAUCUUGGCCAGUUAGAAAAUUUAAAGAAGCUCACUUUGUCAUCCACAAUGAUUAAACAUCUUCCGGAUAGCAUUUGUAUGUUAAAACAUCUGGAAUCUCUCCAACUUAUAUCUUGUUGGCUGCUUGAGAAUUUACCCGAGGAUAUUGGCCGAUUAGAAUGCUUGGAGAAUCUAACUUUGUCAUCUGCAAAGAUUAAACAUCUUCCGGAUAGCAUUUGUAUGUUGAAACAUCUAAAAUCUCUGCAACUUAAAUUCUGUUGGCUUCUUGAGAAGUUACCCGAAGAUAUUGGCCGAUUAGAAUCAUUAGAGAAGCUAACUUUGUCAUGUACAAAGAUUAAAGAUCUUCCGGAUAGCAUUUCUAUGAUAAAACAUCUGGAAUGUCUCCAACUUAAUCAUUCAGAAGUUGUUACAUGCUGAUCUUGGUUGAUCAGGUAAAGUGAUGAACAUUCUAAUUAUCAAUGCUUUUGAGAAGCUCCGAGGACAUGGAAAAGCCAGAACUAUUGUAAAAGGUGUGUGAGAGGCACUAAAUGUUAAAUAUGAAUGGAAUGGAACUUCAUCACCAGAUUGUUGCCAUUAUUACAAAGGGCAUUUGGGUAAUUACAGCUUGGACCGCUGGGGGUGUGUUAAAAAAAUAUUAUAUAUAGUUUUUUCUAUUUAGUUUAAUGUAUACUAGGGUUGAUGUAAUAUGUUGUCUCUGAUCAAAAACAAAUGUAAUAAAAACAUUUUCAAAAUAUUGUGCAAGUUAAAUUUCA